GUUUCGACUUCCAGACCGGGAACAGAACGAGAGAGCGAAACCAAAAAAAAAAAAAGAAAAGAUAUUAGAGCAGAGUGCGUGAGAGAGAAAGAGGAAAAGUUGAGAGAGUUGGAGAGAGAGAUUAUAUAUCUGGAAAGGGAAAAUCUUGAUUUCCCACCAUUAAUUUCUUGAGGUUUCUUGAUCUGUUUACGCGAAAUCUAUUUCUUUCGCAUGUUUUUGGGUUCGCAGCUGGAUUUGCACGCCGAUCUCUUCGUUUAGUUCUUCAAUUUUUCUCAGUAAUUUCCUCUGUCUAGGGUUUUUGUCGAUUUUGUAUUUUUAUGGGGACGUGACUUUGAUUUGCUGAGCUUCUCGCUUCUGAAGUUUUGUGUUUGUUCGUGUAUGAAAUAGGUUUUGAAUUGGAGCGGAGGAUUCAAGAGGGAUAGAGUGUCAAGCGAUUCGCAGCAUGAGCAUCGAUAGCCCCGGCGAAGAAGAGAAUUAGGGUUUUCAAAUUCGCGAAGAGUUGGGUUGUGAUUUCCAUGGGCGAUGGAGGCGUGGCAUGCAUGUCUUUGCAGCAAAACAACAUCAUGGAUAGGUUUGCGAUUCCGGAGAAGACUGUGCUUUGCGGAAGCAAGAACGCUAAUAACAAUGGCUUCAGUUCCAAGUCGCUCAAAAAGAAGAGAAUGAAGGCAAAAAAAGAGGAUAUUGCUCGGAACGGGGAGUCUGAGAAAGGUGAAGUGGUAUUGAAUAAAGGUGGUAAGAGUAGUUUUGUCAAGGAAGUUGAGAAUGGUGACAGUGAGGAUAAGAAAGAUGAGGUAGAGGAGGGUGAAUUGGGUACUUUAAAGUGGCCCAAGGGGGAAGCGGAAAAUGGGGAAUUUGUGCCAGAAAAGUUUCGUAGAAGUGAAAUUGAGAAGGGGGAGAUAGUUGAUGAGAAGUGGAGGAAAAGUGAGUUGGAGACUGGGGAGUUCAUCCCAGGGAAGUGGCGAAGAGGGGAUGUGGAGAAGGGAGAGAUAGUUCCAGAUAAGAACAGGAAAGUUGACGUUGAAUUUUCGUCGUGGAGGGCACCAAGGGAUGAAAUUGAGAAAGGAGAGUUCAUUCCGGAUAGAUGGCACAAAGGUGAAUUGCCCAGAGAUGACUACGGUUAUGGUAAAAUGCGCAGGUACGAUCCAGGUAAGGACAAAGUAUGGAAAUUUGAACGUGAGCGCACCCCGCCUUCUGGGAAGCAUUUAAAUUUUGGUGAUGAUUCUUUUAGAAGGAAGGACUUUAAUAGAAGCGGGAAUCAGCAUGGCAAGAGUACCACUCCCAGGUGGGAAUGUGGCCAGGACAGGAAUAUAAGGAUCAGCUCAAAAAUUGUUGACGAUGAAAGUUAUAAAAAAGAAUGCAGCAAUGGUAAGAAUUAUGGGAGAGACUACUCUUCUGGGAAUCGGUUGAAGCGUUAUGGUGUUGAACCAGAUAUUUGUGAACGUAAACAUUACGGAGAUUAUGGGGAUUAUGCUGGUUCAAAAAGUCGGAGACUUGGUGAUGACAGCACUCGUGCUGUCCCUGCAGAACAUUAUUCACGUCAUUCUGUGGAAAGGUCAUAUAGAAAUUCUUCUUCUUCUUCCAGAAUCUCAACUGACAAGUACUCCGCUAGGCAUUAUGAUUCUACAUUGCCGGCCAGAGCUGUCCCUGUUUUUGACAGGCAUGGACGAAGUCCAGGUCAUUUGGAGCGCUCCCCACGUGACCGGAGCCGUUAUUAUGAUCACCGGGACAGGAGUCCUGCUCGUCGAGAGAGGUCACCGUAUGGUCGGGAGCGGUCUCCAUAUGGUCGUGAGAGAUCCCCUUAUGAUCGGAAUCGUCAGUAUGAUUACAAAAAUCAGAGUCUUUCCCCACAAGAUCGAUCUCGACACCAUGACCGCAGGGAUCGAACUCCAAACUUUAUGGAGAGGUCCCCGCAUGAUCGGAGCAGGCAGAAUAACCAUAGAGAAAUGGUUAGAAAAAGUGGACCAAGUGACAAGCGCAACUCUCAGUAUGGUAAUAAAGGGCAAGAAGAUAAACCAGUCCAGAAAGAACCUGUUGUGAAAGACUCCCAUUCCUCAGUUAAGGAAUCUCAAGAUAAAAGUAACAAUGCGCUCAAUAUUAGUGGUAGUGCGUCUACGGAGGCAAAUGCCAAAUGCGAAGCUCAUAAAGAGGAGUCACAAAGUCCAAUUAUAAAUUGCCAAGAAAGUUCUCAUAUAGUUGGAGUUUCUCAGGAAGAGAUGCCUUCGAUGGAAGAAGAUAUGGAUAUCUGUGAUACACCGCCACAUGUCUCAGUCGUUUCUGACGUAUCUACUGGGAAAUGGUUUUACCUUGAUUAUAAUGGUGUUGAACAUGGACCUUCAAAAUUACGUGACCUUAAGGCACUUGUGGAAGAAGGGGCUCUGCUGUCCGAUCACAUGGUAAAGCAUAUAGAUGGUGAUAGGUGGGUAACAGUUGAAAAUGCUGUCUCACCGUUGGUUACUGUGAAUUUCACAUCCAUUAUGUCGGAUUCUAUAACUCAGUUGGUGAGCCCUCCUGAAGCCCCGGGUAAUUUAUUAGUUGAUACUGGAGAUGCUGGGCAAUAUGGUUGUCAGAAUACUGAAGAAGGAACAGAUGAUAAUGAAGCACUAUCUGAGCUUCUUCAAGAUCUCCGCAUAGAUGAAAGGGUUGGGGCUCUAUUUGAUGGCUUUGCAGUUAUUCCUGGAAAAGAAUUGGAAGCUGUCGGAGAAGUUCUGCAAAUGACUUUUGAGCAUGCGCUGUGGGAGGAUUGGGGAAAAUCUGAAGGUUUCUUUUUGCAUGCUGGUCAGAUCAGUGAACGGGAUGAACAGAGAAACGAUGUACCAUCAAUACAUUCUGAUAUCCAAUUACUAGAAGGUCCAGAACCUAGGUGCAUUGUACCCUUAGACAAGGAAUAUGGUUUUGAUUGUGGUGACUCUGGUGAUUGGUUUUCUGGUAGAUGGUCAUGCAAGGGUGGUGAUUGGAAGAGGAAUGAUGAAGCUGCCCAAGAUAGAUCUAAUAGGAAGAAACUCGUUCUUAAUGAUGGUUUCCCACUAUGCCUUAUGGCCAAGUCUGGGUAUGAGGACCCUCGAUGGCAUCGGAAAGAUGACCUGUAUUAUCCUUCCCAGGGAAGAAGGCUUGAUUUACCACUUUGGGCCUUUUCAACCCCAGAUGAGAGCAGGACCACACAAAGUAAGCCUCCUAUAAUUAGAGGAGUAAAAGGAACUAUGCUACCGGUCAUUAGGAUAAAUACAUGCGUGGUUAAAGACCAUGGUUCUUUUGUUUCUGAGCCUCGCAAUAAAGUUCGAGUUAAGGAUCGAUAUCCUUCAAGGUCUGCUCGGUCAUCUGUAAGUAGUGAUGGCAAAAGAUCUUCGGCAGAAGGUGAUAUUCAAUCAAAAAGUGCUAGUGAUCAAGGUUUUCAGGGCUCUUGGAGAAGCAUUUCAUCAAUUAAUACUCCACAGGAUCGUAUUUGCACAGUUGAUGACUUACAGUUGCAUUUGGGUGAAUGGUACUAUCUUGAUGGUGCUGGGCAUCAGCGAGGACCUUCAUCAUUUUCAGAGCUUCAGGCUUUGGCAGAUCAAGGAAGUAUCCAAAAACAUAGCAGUGUUUUCCGUAAGUUUGAUAGAAUCUGGGUUCCAGUUACCCAUUCUUCUGAGACUUCUGAACAGAUAGUCAAGGGUCAACUGGGGAACACUACAACAUCUGGUGAUUCUCUAGAACCUUCUUCACAAUUUCCGGGUACUCCACAUGGCGAACCUAAUGCAAAGCCUGAUAUGUUUCACAACCUGCAUCCUCAAUUUAUUGGUUAUACCCGUGGAAAGCUACAUGAAUUAGUGAUGAAAUCAUACAAGAGCCGGGAGUUUGCUGCAGCUAUUAAUGAAGUUCUAGACCCAUGGAUUAAUGCAAAACAGCCCAAAAAAGAGAUGGAGAAGCAUGUUAAUUGGAAAGCAGUAGGCGAUGCACGUGCCAUCAAAAGAGCCCGUCUUUUGGUUGAUGACAGUGAGGGAGACAAUGAAAUGGAAGACGAUGAACAGACUCUUUUAAAAACUGAAUCUACAUUCGAGGAUCUGUGUGGUGAUGCUUCUUUCUGCAGGGAGGAGAGCGUAGGUUCUGACUCUCAAACGGGAGAUUGGGGUUCACUGGAUGGUCAUGUGCUGGCAAGGGUCUUUCAUUUUCUGAGAGCUGACCUGAAAUCCCUUGUAUUUGCUUCUUUGAGUUGUAAGCACUGGAGAGCUGCUGCCAGGUUUUACAGGGAUAUUUCAAGACAUAUUGACUUGUCAUCAUUAGGUCCCAACUGCACUGACUCCAUCUUCCUUAACAUCAUGAGUAAUUAUAGCAAAGAUAAGGUCAAUUCUAUGGUUUUGGUUGGUUGCAUCAACAUCACCUCCAGUACGCUUGAAGAGAUUCUUUGUUCAUUUUCUUGUUUGUCUACAAUAGACACCAGAGGCUGCAAUCAGUUUAGUGAUCUAACUCUAAAAUUUAAUAAUGUUAAUUGGAUCAAGAGCCGGAACUUGCGUGGUACAUUGAACUUUGAGGAUUCACAUUCUAAAGUUAGGAGUUUGAAACAGCUAACUGAGAAAUCUUCAUCAGUUUCUAAAGUGAAGGGUCUGUAUGGUAAUAUGGAUGAUUUUGGUGAACUUAAAGAGUAUUUUGAUAGUGUCAAUAAGAGAGACUCAGCAAAUCAAGCUUUCCGACGGAGUUUAUAUAAACGUUCAAAACUCUUUGAUGCUAGGAGAUCUUCAUCUAUUUUGUCAAGGGAUGCUCGUACAAGGCGAUGGGCUAUUAAGAAGUCUGAAAAUGGGUAUAAGAGGAUGGAGGAAUUUCUUGCUUCAAGUCUGAAGGACAUAAUGAAGGAGAAUACCUAUGAUUUCUUUGUACCCAAGGUUGCUGAAAUUCAGGAGAAAAUGAGAAAGGGCUAUUACAUUGGCCGCGGAUUGAGCUCUGUUAAAGAAGAUAUCAGCCGAAUAUGUCGUGAUGCAAUAAAAGCAAAGAAUCGGGUUGAUGCUGGAAACAUGAAUUACAUCAUCACAUUAUUUAUUCAACUCGCCACACGUUUGGAUGGGGGCUCCAAGUCUUCUAAUGAAAGAGAUGAUGGGUUCAAGCUGUCUGAAGAUGAUUCAUUUUCAUCACUCUCUUCAACUUCCAAGUACAAAAAGAAGCUUAAUAAAGUAAGUGAAAGGAAGUACUUCAAUAGGAGCAAUGGCUUCUUCUCAUUGAAUGGGGGUUUGGAUUGUGGAGAGGAUGCGUCCGAUCGGGAAAUCAGAAGGAGACUAUCCAAACUGAAUAAAAAAUCGUUGGAUUCAGAAAGUGAAACUUCUGAUGAUCCUGACAGGUCUUCUGAAUAUAGCAAGAGUGGGAGUGAGAGUUCCAUCUCUGAUACUGAAAGUGACAGAUCAGGAAGUCGUACUUGGCAGUCAAGAUCUGAUGGAUAUUUUACACCUGAUGAGGGUCUGGAUACUACUACUGAAGAUCGUGAAUGGGGUGCUCGCAUGACAAAAGCAAGUUUGGUCCCUCCUGUUACUAGGAAAUAUGAAGUCAUUGAACAGUAUGUAAUAGUAGCAGAUGAAGAUGAUGUGAAGAGGAAGAUGCAGGUAUCUUUGCCGGAUGAUUAUGUCGAGAAGCUUAGUGCACAGAAGAAUGGAACCGAGGAGUCAGAUAUGGAGCUUCCUGAAGUCAAAGACUACAAGCCAAGAAAACAGCUUGGGGGUGAGGUUUUAGAACAAGAAGUUUAUGGAAUUGACCCCUACACCCACAAUCUUUUACUUGAUUCUAUGCCAGACGAGUUGGAUUGGCCUCUUCUGGAUAAACAUUUGUUCAUUGAGGAAGUUCUCCUUUGCACUCUGAAUAAGCAAGUUAGGCACUUUACUGGGACAGGAAAUACUCCUAUGAUAUAUCCGCUGCAGCCAGUUAUAAAGGAAAUUCAGGCAUCGGCUGAGGAGGAUGGAGAUUUUCGAACUGUGAGAAUGUGUCAAGGUGUCUUAAAGGCCAUAAGUAGUCGCGUUGAUGACAAAUAUGUUGCUUAUAGAAAGGGGCUUGGAGUUGUUUGCAACAAAGAAGACGGCUUUGGGGAAGAUGAUUUUGUUGUGGAGUUUCUGGGAGAGGUCUAUCCUGUUUGGAAAUGGUUCGAAAAGCAAGAUGGGAUUCGAUCCCUGCAGAAAAAUAAUCAGGAGGCUCCAGAAUUUUACAACAUAUAUCUUGAGAGGCCUAAGGGGGAUGCAGAUGGGUAUGAUUUAGUUGUUGUUGAUGCCAUGCAUAAGGCUAACUAUGCCAGCCGAAUUUGUCAUUCCUGUCGGCCAAACUGUGAGGCAAAGGUCACUGCAGUAGAUGGUCAUUAUCAGAUAGGAAUAUAUACUGUUCGUAAAAUAGGCCAUGGUGAGGAGAUCACAUUCGAUUAUAACUCUGUUACUGAGAGCAAGGAAGAGUAUGAAGCAUCUGUUUGCUUAUGUGGCAGCCAAGUUUGCCGAGGCAGCUAUUUGAAUUUGACUGGUGAAGGGGCAUUUCAAAAGGUCCUCAAGGAUUGGCAUGGAGUUCUAGAUCGUCAUCAGUUGAUGUUAGAAGCUUGCGAAGCUAAUUCCGUCUCUGAAGAGGAUUAUCUUGACCUGGGAAGGGCUGGUUUGGGCAGUUGUUUGCUUGGUGGGUUGCCAGAUUGGCUGAUUGCAUAUUCAGCUCGCCUGGUGAGAUUUAUAAACUUUGAAAGAACGAAGCUCCCAGAAGAGAUUCUAAAGCAUAAUUUGGAGGAAAAAAGGAAAUACUUUUCAGAGAUUUGUCUGGAGGUCGAGAAAAGUGAUGCUGAAGUUCAGGCUGAGGGUGUGUACAACCAAAGGCUUCAAAAUUUGGCAGUUACUCUCGACAAGGUGAGGUAUGUUAUGAGAUGUGUUUUUGGUGACCCAAAGAAAGCUCCACCUCCACUAGAGAGGUUGAGUCCAGAAGCAGCUGUUUCCUUCCUCUGGAAGGGGGAAGGUUCACUUGUUGAAGAACUCCUUGAAGGUUUGGCUCCUCACAUGGAUGGAGAAAAGCUUGAUGAUCUGAAGUCUAAGGUUCAUGUUCAUGAUCCAUUAGGUUCGGAAGACAUCGAGAGAGAUCUUAAAAGGUCUUUGUUAUGGUUGAGAGAUGAGGUCAGGAAUCUUCCAUGUACAUACAAGUCUCGGCAUGAUGCUGCCGCUGACUUGAUCCAUAUAUAUGCUUAUACAAAGUGCUUUUUCAGAAUACGGGAAUACAAAACUGUAACUUCUCCACCAGUAUAUAUUAGUCCGCUUGACUUGGGUCCCAAGUACAAAGAUAAACUGGGAACAGGUUUUCAGGAGUAUUGCAAGACAUAUGGGGAGAAUUAUUGUUUAGGGCAGCUGAUUUUUUGGUACAACCAGACUAAUGCCGAUCCAGAUUGUACCCUUGCUAGAGUGAGUAGGGGUUGCUUGUCCUUACCCGACGUUGGUUCUUUCUAUGCCAAGAUUCAGAAGCCUUCUCGGCAGCGUGUUUAUGGCCCUAGGACUCUGCGAUUUAUGCUGUCAAGGAUGGAGAAGCAGCCGCAGAGACCUUGGCCCAAGGACAGAAUAUGGUCGUUCAAGAGCACCCCGAAGAUUCUCGGCAGCCCUAUGCUAGAUGCUGUUUUAAGUAAUUCUCAAUUGGAUAGGGAUAUGGUUCAAUGGUUAAAACACAGACCUGCCAUAUUUCAGGCGAUGUGGGAUCGAUGAACUUUUGCAGGCAGUAGUAGGAACAGGAAGCAGUGUCACUGGUGAAAACCAGGUUAAUUGUUUUGGAAUGAUCUCUUAGAUUUUUUAGUUAACAGCGGCCCCUUUUGAUGGUGGGCAAAUAUCAUUCCGAAGCGCCAUUCGUUGUGCUACUUACUCAUUAUUCUGUACAGUUUUCAUUUUUGUAAUUUGUAAUUUGUAAUUGGUUAUCUAGUAGUUAGAGCAUUUGUUUUCCCAAUUCUAAUUUAAGAAAAUGUGAAAGGAAAUGAGGAAAUAUCUUUGGCCUUUCUUCAAUUCUGCUGCUCUCUACUCCAAAUAUAUGCUUAGCUUAAUCAUCUGUGUAUAUAACGUGUGAUUAAUUUAGCAGCAGUAACAUUUUUUUUGUCUCUCUUUUUUUUGGGCAAAAUGAAGCCUAUGCAUAUAAUUUGGGGAUAUUUAAUCUUGUAACACAAUUAACAUAUUAAUCAAAUGGGCUACCGAUGCCUUUGCUAC